AUGGCAACUACCGCGUCUUCAGAGCGAGCGCUAUCACCGCCAACACUGUCAUCUCCGGUCGUGUCCUCCUACGCGGAGUCCGUUAAUUUCGAACCUUCCUCCUUUGUGGCAACUCUUGAGGACCCGAAACUUCGCGACAAACUAGAAGUCGAGGCUGAAACGGCUGCGGAACCACUUAGUCGACCGUCCUUCUCUGGCUCGUUCAGGAGCUUCAAUGCCAACGCCCGCCCUUCUUCUGCUUGGUCGCGGAUCACUUCUUCUGCCUUUGCCUCGAGGGAACGUCGCGCGACUAUCUCUGCCGGAAAACGUUCGUUGAAUCUCGUGAGAGGCAAACAGAGCGCCGACGGUGAUAUACCCAGCAUUAUCGUGGACGAGGCUCCUAGCCGACCCGCUUCAAGAAGAUCUUUAUCUGAGAGAAAAUGGAGCUCGGUGCGCGGUACUAGAGGUGAGGUAGCUCUAAGGAAACGGUCCGGUAUAUCCAGUCUUAGCUCAAGUAAUAUACCUCCCGUUCCCCCCAUCCCACCCUUCCAAGGCAUCAAAAUGGACAUCCCAAGCGCGUCUUUAGGGGACAUCACCAGCUCUACGAUUGACGAGAUAAACGAAUGGAGUCCGCCUACAGCCACCAACCCAAAGCUGCUCAGUGCUGAUGAGGCACACACAAUUUCGCCCACCAGGAAAGUGAGUUCCUCGACUAUGCGGAAUAUCAGCACGCGACGCAUUCGAUCUGCGAAUUCGUUGAGGGUUGUGAGAUCUGGAAGUGGUAGUGGUGGUACCAUUCGUACCUUGUCGGUGGACGAAGAGAUGUUAUCCCGAAAAGUGAGGUUGAUGUACGAGAAGGGAGAGGAUUUUAUUAGUGAGGCAGAACUAAACCAGGCUUUGGAUGAAGAUGAGAGCAUGCUCAUGGACAAGGAUGAGGAGAAAGAUGUCUCUGAAAAUGCUGACUCUUCUCCUGCAAACGGAAAUGCAGCUUCUACUGACCCUGCAAGUGAGAAAUCAGAAACUGUGUCAACGAAUACAAUUAGCCCAGCCAGAAGGACAAAUACGGUUGAGCGAGAAAGUAAUGAGCUUGCUGGUGGCUUAGAGGACUGGAAUGAUAUUGAGAACGGUUACGUCGAUAGGUAUGGUUUCAUCAUUCCUCAUCCUGAGGAUGGCGAGCCAGAAGCGCACGUACCGCAGCCGUUACAACGGGUCUCGACCAGUUUGAUGCUUGCCUCUGCCACACCUAGACGGAAACGUACUAUGGCCAAACGUCCACCUUCAACGGCUGGGGCGGCAAGUAUCCGUUCUUUUGCCGGCCGUUCUUCCUCUCAGCGAACCAGUGACCAACCAAUGCGUCCAACUUCCUCCCAGAGUUCAUACCAGCCUCAUCUUUCUCGUACCACCAGCAGUCUACGUUAUGCAGCCAACAAGCUCCCUCAUAACCGUUCUCGCAAGCUCCUGGACGAGGCCGGUGACAUGUUAACCAGCCCUACCCAAAAGACCAAUAGUUUCAGUUUCUCCGAAGAUGAAACAGCCUAUUCCAAGGCCAUGAGGAAGAAGGAAUCUGAGCGUGAAGACAAGUGGCGUAAAAUGGCCAGGCUUACCUCCAAGGCUAAGGAUGGCUCUGGCAUGACUUUUGAAUUCGACGUAACCAGUACCAAGCUCAUCGAUCGUACCUGGAAGGGAAUCCCGGACAGCUGGCGGUCAACAGCAUGGCAUGCCUUCUUAGCUGCCAGUGCAAAGAAACGUCCUGACAGCCCUACCGAGGAUGAAUUGAUUAGAAAGUUUAAUGAGUUGCAGGUUUAUCCUUCUCCUGAUGACGUCCAGAUCGAUAUCGACGUCCCUCGUACCAUUAGCAGCCAUAUCAUGUUCCGCCGUCGAUACCGUGGAGGACAGAGACUUCUUUUCCGUGUGCUACAUGCCAUGUCUCUGUAUUUCCCAGAAACCGGUUAUGUGCAGGGUAUGGCAGCACUGGCUGCCACUUUACUUGCUUACUAUGACGAGGAGAACGCCUUUGUCAUGCUCGUCCGUCUCUGGCAAUACAGAGGACUUGAUCGACUUUAUCGUGAAGGUUUUGCUGGUCUGAUGGAGGCACUGAAUAGCUUUGAGAAAGACUGGCUAGGUAAUGGGGAGGUAGCUGAGAAACUGACCGAACUGGGAAUCCCCCCAACUGCCUACGGAACCAGAUGGUACUUGACUCUAUUCAACUAUUCCAUCCCAUUUGCUGCUCAACUCCGAGUAUGGGAUGUAUUCAUGCUUCUGGGAGAUUCCGGGGAACCAAUCCAGCCUCCUGUUCCAGCCAGUACCAACGGCCACGCCGAUGCUACCAGUACUGGAACCGGCCCUGCUCACCCUGUGGCCAACCCCUUUGGUAAGAGCCUUGAUAUUCUACAUGCAACCUCCGCAGCCUUGAUCGACGGAAUGCGGGACAUCAUUCUCGAAUCCGACUUUGAGAAUGCAAUGAAAGUUCUCACCAGCUGGGUGCCGAUAAAUGAUAUCGAGCUCUUCAUGAGAGUUGCCAGAACCGAAUGGAAAGUUCACUGUCGAAAGAAGGGACAUUAA